CUUGGGUUCUCUCAUAUACUCACACAGUGGCUAUUUCGGUCGCUGAAAACAAAUGGGCACGGUUUCAAUCUCACCAUUCUCAGCUCCACAUUCACUCUCUGCCCCAAAAGGUUACCAUUCCUUUGCAAUUUUGAGCUCUUUCAAGCAUUUCACGGCCAAAGAAAAUAGCCAUCAAUUACAAUUGCUUCAUAACACCAAUGUUUUGAAAGCGUAUAAUAUAAGGAGGGGAAGCUUCAGCUUCCAUGGUGCUGAGAAGCACUCCAAGUUGAGAAAUUUUUUGGUUGAGUCAAACCCAACAUCUUCAUCUUCAUUACAGACCCACAUGGGAACGUGGGAAGAUCCUGACGAUGGCGGCGGCAGUGAAGAUGAGGAAGAAACAGAAGAACAUGACUUGGGUUUCCAAAGUGAAUGGGAAGAAGAAGGAGAAGAAGAGAAAGGUGCUCCAGCUGCUGCUUCUGUUGACAGGUCCACAACAAACAAGUAUGAAGAGGAACUUGUGAAAGAGGUGGAACAGCUCUUGGAGCAAGAAGAAAAAGCAAUUUUGCAAAAGCAUGCGACUCCCUAUAUGGAGAAAAUAUCAACUGCAAAAUGGAAUCCGGUACAUACUCUUGCACUAUCGGGGCUGGUAACUUUCAUGGACAAGUUACUUGACGAUGGUGUAGAUAUUAAUGUUGUUGAUAAGGAUGGCUUAACUGCUCUUCACACUGCAAUCAUAGCCAAAAAGGAAGCUGUUAUUAGUCAUCUUCUACGAAAAGGUGCAAGUCCUCAUAUCAGAGAUGGGGAUGGUGCUACGCCACUUCAUUAUGCAGUACAAGUAGGCACCAAGCGGAUUGUCAAGUUAUUGAUCAAAUAUAAAGUUGAUGUCAAUGUUGCAGAUAAUGAUGGAUGGACUCCGUUGCAUAUUGCUGUACAAAGUAGAAAUAGAGAUAUUGCAAAAAUUUUGUUAGUCAAUGGUGCAGAUAAGAGUAGAAGAAAUGAGGAUGGCAGAACUCCCCUAGAUCUGGGCUUAUGUUAUGGGAAAGACUUCAAGUCCUAUGACCUCACUAAGCUACUGAAGACAGUGCCAAUGGACAGAGAGUUUUAGAAUACACAGUCGAUUGUGUGUUAUUCGUAUUUAUAUGUUCAAAAAUCCUGCAUCCAAGAUGGCUUUAUCAACUAAUUAUUCCGACUUUA